AUGCAUAUCGUUCUUUGUAGCUUCAGUUACAUUUUCGUAUUUUUAGUUGCUGUCGAGGGGUUUGAACUGUCCGAGUUAGGAUUCAAAAAAUGUCACCUGGAAGAUGAAGAAUGUUUACUUACAUCUUUUCGGUUAGCCCUCCCAAGGUUCGUUCAAGGUAUUCCUGAAUAUGGUGUUGAAGUUAUGGAUGAAAUGGUUAUAGAUAAUGUUAAGUUCGAAAUCACGGGCCUGAAACUCACAUUGAAGGAUGCCCGACUAAAAGGCGAUAAGGAUAUUAUAUUAGAUAAAACGAAAUUUGACACAAGCAAGAAAACAAUAACAGUCGAUUAUCAUGUUCCAUUAUAUAUACUCACGGGGCGUUAUAACACUGACGGGAAAAUUUUGACUCUUCCUGUUCAAGGUGAAGGUGAUAUUGAAAUAAGACUGCAAAAUGUUGUGGUUAGAUCAAAGGUGAAUUACGACCUACUGAAAAAAGAUGAUAAAACUUAUAUUGCUGUUAAGCAGAAUUCUUACGAAUUUACUAUCGGUGACGCGCACUACAACUUAACGAAUCUCUUUAGAGGAAAUAAGGAAUUGUCUGAAACGACGCUUAAAUUUAUUAAUGAUAACUCAAAAGAUGUUACUCUCGAGUUCGGGAAACCAGUAUUGGACGUUGUUUCUAAAAAGACAUUUAGAAACGUUAAGAAGUUUCUAGCAAAGGCGCCUUUAGAAGACAUCACUAUUAUAGAU